GUCUAUGCCUAGUACUUAUCUGUUUACCGAAAUUAGUAAAUUAGACUUAGUGUUUAUAUACGAUACUGUGUUAUUUACCAUUAAUUUAUAGCAAAAUAUUAAUUAAGAAAUUCUUUACUCUUUGUCGCUGUGUGCUAAAGAAAAGUAACAAUGACUGCCGUGAAACUAUUUCAUACACUUUUAAUUGUUACUAUUCACAGCACAAUGAAAUAAAGUAAUCAUUUAAAGCAGAUUGAAAACGUGUAUUUGGGUUUGACGCAAUACUAAAAUCAUGGAAGUUAAUCCAUUAAACAUAUUUUUUGUGAAAUCUGACAGCAAGGGCGAUAGGCUUUUGUUUAGAUAUCCAUAUACGAUAGAACAUAAAGGUGAGAAUAAACAGAAGAGAUGUGGCAGGCACAACCCUUACGCAAUUACUUCAACAGAGGAUUUACUCCAGAAUUCACAAUCUCAAACGUCGAAUAUUUGCAAAGGUCAACUAAGUGGUUUUACUGAUGAAAUGCUUUCAACACUGUUUGCUGUAAAAGCAGAAUUAUGUAACAAGAAAUUUGAAUUAAAAGUCAAUGAUGUGAGGUUUGUUGGUCAUCCAACAUUGCUGCCCUACCGAGCAAAUAAAGAUGAUACUGCUGCUAUGAUUCUCAUAAAUAUAGUUUUUGCUUUACAAGCCUCUGCCAGUCAUUCUAUAGUAAAAUGUUAUUAUGAUUUGAGUAAAAGGCUGGGUAAAGCACUGAGACAUGAAGAAGAAAGGUGUUCAUAUUUAACAGAAGAAAUGAAAAUUAUGCUAGCUGCUCAUGAUGAAGUGAAUGAGAGGAACGACAGUGAAAUUAAUGGUGAUAAUGAAGAAGAGGAAGAGAAUCUCCGACAUUCUGUUAGUUCUACAACAUAUAGUGUAGAUAAUGGCCUUGAGGGAGGCCCAAUGUCUGCCUACCACUUAAUAUUACAAAGGAGUUCAUUAGCUAGGUCCAUGAAAUCUGUCUUUGAGGAACUAAGUAGCACAGGCAUAGUUCAAGUACGUGUAAAUAAAUGGGUGCUUCUAUCCUUCUGUUUGCCCCACAAAGCCCAUCAAAUUCACAACAGAGGAUUGAUAAUAGAACCGGAAACAAUAGACAAAUGUUUGCAAAAACUGAGGCCAUACCACGGCAUGCUACUACUUGUGAAUCCAAAUGAUUUGUUGGCGUCGAUACCACUGGAUGGCAGCUCUGCAUUGCUGCGACUUAUUAAACUAUAUAGCCCUCUAAAAAGUCUUCAAACACUGGCCAUAGAAGCGGAUCUGACAUUCAAACAGGUCUCUCAACUAACUGGACAUUUAGUGUAUUGGGCUAAAGCGACGGUGAUCUAUCCAUUGUGCGAAGGGAAUGUAUACGUUGUGGCCCCCGGCGCGAAUAUUCACAUACAUUCACCUCUUGUCGAUGAAUUCGCCAAGGAGUUUCCUGGGCUAUGUUUAUUGCAAAUGCUCAGUGAGUUCUCUCUGCCGGCUCCGCUGUGGUACAUAUCGCGGAGCGCGGGCGGCGGGUGCGGGGGCUCGGCGCGGCUGGCCCGCUGCGUGGCGUGGCUGUUGCAACGCAGACUCUUGCUGCAGCUCCAUACGUACGUGCAGUUCAAUUCGCCGCAUUGGGGACGUGAUGCAGACGGCAAAGAGUAUUACUGCGAAAAGCACGACAUAUACAACAGAUCGUGCAGCGUGUCGUUCUCCUCGCUGAACCAAAUGCAACUCAACGUACCUGAGCCCGUCGAGCCCAGGGACAACACCAUAUUCCCCGAUUCGGACGAAGACUACCCCACCGAAAACAAUCUCAAUCAAACGGAUUUCUCUCACACCAGACCAAUAAUAAUCGAUUCGGAUCGAAAGAAACACGAGAAAUUUCACGAAAAUGAUUCGGCGAAUCAUUCGUUCGACGACGGCAUCGACGUUGUCGACGGAAUCAAAACGAACGGUUGCGAUUACGAUAAUCAAAUUGAUAAACAAAAGAAACACGGCAACUCUGUGGACAGCGGCAUCUCUAACAACAUAAACGGCACGGCCGGUAAUAGUAUAGAGGCGAACGGCAACGACGCUAGUCACGCUGAACUCUCCAAUGGCGAAACCUUGACCUCGGAUGAUAAAUCGAAAGGCCUACCUUCGAGGCUGUCGGAUUUGUCGCUGAAGGACAACGACAACGCCGCCAACAACACGAGCAGCGACGAGGACCGGUUCGAGAGCGACCAGGACGUCUCGCCGCGCACCAAAACGAACGGCUUGACGAACGGAUCGGAAAAGAAGAACGGGGUUUCUUUAAAUUUGAAACUGCAAAGCGAAAUGAGUUUCCAGCCGCCGACGGUGUGGGGCGGGUCGGCCAGCUGUGACGUCACCGACGCGUGCCGAGCGCCCGCCGAGCCGGAGUCCACCGAGUCCCUACUGCACACGUUCACGGCAGAGGAGCGAACCGUAUUGUCCCACAUUCCCGCCUCGAACAACACUGACGACUUACUGCUGCUAGCCCAGCUACAUAAGAAAGGCUAUUUCCGCGGCGAGCAGCAUUUAGAAGAGAUCAUGUUUAUGGAGAACGUCAGUCGUUCACAGCUAAUGCAGCUUCUAGACAAAUUCAAAGAUGUACUCAUCACCUUUGAAACAGAAGAUCCCGCUGUGGCUAUGCUCUAUCCAUAUCAAUAGGCGUACGCCGAAGCAAGCAAAGUGAUUGUAUUCUAAAGCCUUUGAGCAUAAUUGCGAAAAUGUAAAUUUUUAUUUGUAAUCGUAUAGCUCAAUAUGAUAAAAUGACAAGUCGAAAACAUUGAGCUGCCAGUCUCUACUUCACGGUCAUACGUUAUCUUCAGUCUUGUAAUCAGUGACGUAUACAAUAUAUAAUUAGACCUUACAUAUUGCCCUCUGUAGAUGAUGCCAGUGCAUGUGGGAAUAUAAAAUAAUGGAUAUACCCAUUAAACUUUGAUUAAACCUAAUAUGUCAAUCAUGCUCAAUUUACAACAAGAAACAGUACAAAGUAAUGCUUCUACCGAGUUCCAAGAAUGAUGAAAGACUAAUAAAUGAUUAUGUAGUUUACACACUGUCGAUACUGAGUUGACUGAUUACUUUUCAUGAUGAACAACAAAGUCAUUUGUGUAGAGCCACUAGUCACGUCAGCUGUUCCACGUUGAUGAUACCAUGACAUAAACAUUCCGUGAACUCCCAAUAAGUUGUACCAUGGUUCGACUCGAUCGAUCGAAUCUAAGACGUACGAAGACAUAGACAAUGAGAAGAAACAGUACGAACGCUUGUGUUUUUAAUUUUUACUGGUCGUCGAUUAUUUAUGAAUUUAAUGCCCCAAAGGUACUAAAGCGAUCAUAGCCUCUGAUCUCCAAAAGAAAUUUCGUUUAUAAUCACCAUGCUAAAAAUGUUAUUUAUUCAAAGAGUUCUUUCUCGUUUCUCGAUCUUUAAAAUCUAUUUUUUUAUUGAUGCAAUGUAAAGCAAUCCAACAUACUUUAGUUGCAAUCCCCUGUUAGUUGCCUUCGAAGACAAUAAGAUUCCAGUUUGUUUUUUUUUUAAAAUGUUCUACGUGCAAAAAAAUAUAUCUGUCAGUCUGUCCAUUAGAACACAUUGAGGGCUGCUACAGUACUGACCAAGGUGAACUAUGUUUGUAGGCCGGUUUCUCACCGUUUAGUAAAAUUCUAUUUAUGUAAAGUGAAGUUGUUGACGAAUAUAUAUACCUAGGACAGGCAGUCCGAUUAGGUAGGUCCAACUUUGAGAGAGAGGUCAGUAGACGGAUCCAACUCGGCUGGGCAGCGUUCGGUAAACUGCACAACGUCUUCUCGUCCAAAAUACCUCAGUGCCUUAAGACAAAGGUGUACAACCAAUGUGUGUUACCAGUGAUGACUUACGGCUCGGAGACGUGGUGCUUCACUAGGGAUCUUUUUAGAAGGCUCAAAGUCGCGCAGCGAGCUAUGGAGAGGGCUAUGCUCGGCAUUUCUCUACGUGAUCAAAUCCGAAAUGAGGAGAUCCGUAGAAGAACGAAGGUUGCUGACAUAGCCCGUAGAAUUAGUGAACUGAAGUGGCAAUGGGCCGGCCACAUAGCACGAAGAGAGGACGGUCGAUGGGGCAGAAAGAUCCUGGAGUGGCGACCACGUACUGGCAAGCGCAGUGUGGGACGGCCACCUACUAGAUGGACCGACGACCUAGUAAAAAGCGCUGGGUCUCGUUGGAUGCAGGUGGCAAUGGGCCGGUCGCACUGGAAAUCUAUUGGAGAGGCCUAUGUUCAGCAGUGGACGGCGAUAGGCUGAAAUGAUGAUGAUGAUGAAAGUGAAAUGUUCUGUUUGUUCUUCAUAAAAUAUUGAUAUGCUGGCCAUAAAUUCUUAUUUUUUUUUUUAAAUAAAAUUAUAUCAUCCUAAUAAUGCGUCAAUCAAAACUCAUCCUAAUCUUAUUUAUUGUGUUUUAUGAACUUUAGCUCAAUAGAAUUUACGUUAAAUUAUACAUAUAUUUUUUAUUUAUUAAAAUUGUGCAAUCUCGUUCGAGAACUCGGGUUGACAACACCAUGUUUAAAAAAAGUGGAUGUCUAGUGACACCAACUUAGGUGUUUUUGAAAAACCGAGGCUGUACCGUUUUAUGUUUUAGUCUUAGUUUCCAGUUCCUAAUAAAAUGUAAAUUAUUUAUACUGUAUUAAAGAUAUAUUUCAAAACAGUAAAUGCCUACGAGUGAAAUUUUCGUUUCGAAUACAUUAUCCAACUCAAUGAUGAUUAUUAUUUGUACUUACCCACUGUACUCUAUAAAAACCUUACUUUACCAAUCUUAUCUUUGUAAGAUGAAAAUUUUGAAUCAUUCAGAAGUAAAAUCUCAUUAUUCAUAAUUAAAUAAAAAUUUGAAAAUCAGUUACAGCAAACUCUUCUGUGUUAGAAGCGUUUUGUGAUUGGUAGAUUGAAACGUGUAAAUUAACUGAUGUUAAAAAUUGAGGUUUCGUUCGAGUCACUUUCAAGUCUUUAACUACUCAACCGAUCGUAAUGACAUUUUGUACGUAUUCCCUACCCCCGAUAAAAGAAUAUUUGUUAUCCAGAAAAUGUAUUGUUCCCUAACGGUACAUUUGUCUUCAAACGCGAGUAUAGUUGUGUAUAAUAGCCUGUAUAUAAUAUGCCAGAUACGUUUUAAUAGGCACCAGUCAAGUUGAAUUUCUGUACCAUAACCUACAUUACUACUUUCUGUACCAUAACUUACAUUAACCUUAUAUCGAGCUACUCCAUUAUCCCAUCUAAGUUAUUCAGCUAAUCUAAAAAAUGUUCUGAAACAAAUAUAUUUAUAAAAUAAACAAUUACAUACUUUGUAAA